AUGUCUGAGCAAGAAUUUAUAACUGCUGUAAAGGGUCUUUCAAUAAAGAUGGACAGUUUUAAUCAAAAUUUGGGAACUAAUCAAAUUACACCUUUUGAUGGGGAUCCAAAAUUAUUUAAGAGAUGGAUUAAAGCGAUUGAAAAACAUGCUUUUCUAGAGGGGGUUCCUGCUGAAAAUGUAAAAAUGAUAGCUUUCAAAACUAGUACAGGGGCGGUCAGUGAUUUUAUUCAAAGGUAUUUCAAGGCAAAUCAGAGGGUAGAAUGGGAUACCCUCAAGGCAGAACUCUCCAUGAGAUUUGCAGAAAUUACAGAUUCGCAGCAUGCUUUUAUGCUGCUGAGACAAGUUAAGCAAGAGAAAUUUGAAAAUGUACAGAUCUUUGCUGAACGGUUGCUCUCCAUAGCAGAGGAAGAAUAUCAAGGUGCUCAAGAUAUGCGAGUCACAGAAAACCAACUUGUUGGGUUCUUUGUCGAUGGUCUGUAUUCAGACAGAUUAAAAAUAAAUGUCAUGCAAGAUAAUCCUGCUACCAUGCAGGAUGCAAUAAAUUCUGCAAGAGCCGAAUUUAAUUUGCAACAAAGGUUUCAAUUAAGAACUGGGAGAAAUUAUUUUGCCCCGGCAACCUUCACGAGAGAACCGAUGGAAGUUGACCAUUAUAGGUAUAAGAGGGGAAACAGACAUAACGAAGGACAACGACCAAGACAGUUUGUCAAAAAGACAUUCACCCCUAAGAAAGUUUUAGCAGUUGAGACAAAACGAUCUCGCAGUGAAGUUGUAUGUUGGACCUGUAAUAAAAGAGGACACUACAGUCCUGAAUGUCCAAAUAAAAAGAGAAAAAUUGAAGCUAUUAAUGCUCUACCAGCAGAGGCUGAAGAAGAAAAUUGGGAAGAGUUAAACUAA